AUCAACAUGUCAGUCUUACCUUUAGCGCUCACUGUACUUCUACUGCUCUUCUUGAGCAACGCCGCGGCGAGCAGCAUACAAACGCCGCAGUUCGAGAAUCGUAUUGUGGGUGGCGUAGAUGCAACGAUUUUACAUCAUAAACAUCAAAUUUCAUUGCGUCGCAAGACCUGCAAGGAAUGCGCCUACCUGCAUCACUGUGGCGGCAAUAUACUCAACGAAGAUACCAUACUGACGGCAGCGCAUUGUGUGGGCGAACGUGUUGUGGAUGAUUUUACAGUUGUUGCAGGCACUGAGACACGCACCGGCAGCAAUGGUUUAGUGGCGCGCAUAGAGCACAUCGUAGUGCACGAACAUUACAAUGCCUCAACAACGGAUUAUGAUGUGGCGUUACUCUUUCUCGCCACACCGCUGUUAUUUGAUAAUGUAAGAAUAGCGGCGGUAUCUUUGGUAACGACAGCACCGGCUGUAGGCGCACAGGCUACCGUCACCGGUUGGGGUACACUGUCCGAAGGUGGCGUGCAGGCACAACAAUUGCAGGCCGUCAAUGUGUUCGUGUUGGAUCGUUCGAUGUGCACGGCGGCAUAUGGUGGACGCUUCACGGCCGCCAUGUUAUGCGCUGGCCUACCGGCCGGUGGUAAGGAUGCCUGCCAAAGGGAUUCGGGUGGGCCACUGUUGGUAGCGAAUCAAUUGGCUGGUAUUAUAUCGUGGGGUGUUGGUUGCGCGCGUGCAGGGAAUCCGGGCGUCUACGUGAAUGUGGCGCAUGUACGUACGUGGAUAACCGAGACUGUGGCUGCCAAUUCGUUGUACGAGUAAAGGGUGGUGUAGUGAUAAUAAUUAACGCGUAAAUUAAUGAGAUUAUUAUAUAAACAAUUUUAAGCAUUUUAUAGCAUAUGUUACUAUUUGCUUAGCGGUGAGAUAACAGUUCGCCUCAUUUGAAUGCUGGCUUCUAGUUGAAUCGUGUUUAAAUAUAAAGUGCGCACAAGUUUUUUUCCACCUCUUUCUCGUCUCUAUUGACUAUAAAUACCUAUGUAUGUAUGUAUAUAUUUUUUGCGUCUACAUGAAUUGGCGUCAACAGCUGCACAAAUAAAGCCGUCACGCUUGAAACAUGCUAUGACGUUCCGGGAAUUUAACUUCUCUUCCGCUUUCAUCUAAUAAGUCUAUAGUUUGCAAAACUUGAUUAUUUUGGCCCAAAGAUCCCUUCGCUAUGCGAGCAGAUGGUGUCUGGCUAAGGCGAUGGUUUCCUUCCAUUCUUCUCUUUCUGGGAAGUUGCGUUGCGUAUGA